AUGAGCCUAUUCCCGUCUGUCAUGCCCCGAGAUCGUUUCCUUGCCAUCCGACAGUCCCUGCACUUCAACGACAACACCGCCAUGCCGGAGGACUGCGCUGACCGCCUCUUCAAAGUGCGCCCAGUCAUUGACCAUCUUGUUCAGAAAAAGAAGUUCAACGUCGUUGGCACUGUCAUGGCCAACAGAAAAAGGAUGCUGAAAGACCUGCAGUCCGUCAUGCUGAAGCAGGGUAAAACAGAGUUCCAGUCGGCCGACCUGGGUGUCAGCAGUUCUCUCCUGGCCGUGUCCACCUUCAGUGAAGCUGACCGUGCCCGGCUCACCCAGCAUAUCGACCGCCGUUGCCGCCGGGAGUUCGAGAAGUGCAAGGCCCGCCAACUCGCCAAGUUCCAAGACCUAACUGAGGAGAGUUCGGCCCGUCACACCACCCAGCGCCCAAUUGAGUCUGCUGUUGACACAUCGAAGUGGGUUGUCAACCUCUCCGCGAGGACCCUCACCACCGUCGAGACAUCUCUUCUAGGGAAAGGCUUCAACUUCACCGUCACCCCUGACCACGUACCGGCAACGGAGAUCGUGGCCAGUGUGGAAACAACGUUGAAGAGGCUUGACCCGGAAACAGCUGAUGUGGUCCGCAGAGAAGUGAACGCUUCAUUACGGAGGGCACGCCCGCCCAGGAGCAACAUCAACCGGGAGCAACGCAUCGCCCUGAAGGCUCUACGGCAAGAUCGUUCCAUCGUGAUCCUCCCCGCCAAUAAGGGCCGUGCCAGCGUGAUCCUUGACACCCACACGUACCGGGACAAGAUGGAUGAGCUCAUCUCCACGGGCCCUUACCGGAAAUUGGCUAAGGACCCCACCGACCGGCUCUGCAGGAUGAUCACAGCCCAGCUUUUUGCCCUUAACAAGUCCGGAGAUCUUGACGAUGCCACCUACCGGAA